ACGCCUGCUAGCGAUCGGUCAAACGGAUACCCGACGCGAGCGCGCUGCCUGUUCAAAACAAAACGGCGAAAUCAAAGCUAACAGUUUUUGGUUUUUGUGUUUUUGUUUUUCUUUUUGAGAGGCUGGCUUUCUGGCUUUCGGGCUGGCAACAAUGUAAAUACACAAACUUACAAAGCAGCUAAUGUUUGAGAAUAACUAACUGAAUGACUGUUAUGCUAUGCCCAGUGCAAAAAACUCGUUAAGAUAUUAAACACACACAGACGCGACGCAUUUAAAAUGAAAGUGCCCGCGCGCGACUCAAAAUAUUCGUUCAACUUGAAAAUAUUCAAAUUACAUAACGACAAAAAAUCAUCAUCGUCAGCAACAACUACGCACGCCUCGCUGGCUGCCACGGCCAGUCCGCCAACGGCUCAAAUGAUCUCCACCAAAAAAAAUUCAUGGCGCGCUUCGUGGCGUGCGGCCAUCGGAGUUAGUAAUAAAAACAAAUCCGGCCACAACAACAAAAAUACAGUGCACCAUAAUAAUAACAAUAAUGUUAAUGUUAAUAUUAAUGAUGACAACUCGAACGAGAUCUGUUCAAGUGAAUCAUGCACACAGCCCGCCAAGCACAUCCCUAAUAUUGAUGAUUUGAUGUCAAUGCCAUGGUUUGGCAUGGACAUUGGCGGAACGCUCACAAAAUUGGUAUACUUCGAGCCAAAGGAUAUAACGCCCGAUGAACAAGAUUGCGAGGCGGGCAUUUUACGUAAUAUCCGAAGGUAUCUAACCAAAAACUCGGCGUAUGGCAAAACGGGACAUCGCGACACGCACUUGCAGAUGGACAAUGUGGAGAUUCGAAAGCGACGGGGCUCUCUCCAUUUCAUCCGCUUUCAGACCACAGACAUGGGCAACUUUCUGUCGCUGGCCAAGCAGAAGGGCAUGGCCGAGCUGGUGACCACGGUCUGUGCCACCGGCGGCGGUGCGUUCAAGUUUGAGAAGGACUUUCGAGAUCAGGUCAACAUGAAGCUGGCCAAAUUCGAUGAGCUGGACACCCUCAUUAAGGGCAUACUCUUUGCGGACAUGCACAAUGCUACUGAAUGCUAUUACUACGAGAAUGCCAGAGAAAUUACUAAGACCGAAAAGCGUGCCUUUAAUUUCUCACAACCAUUUCCCUUCAUCCUGGUGAAUGUCGGCUCUGGCGUAUCCAUUCUGGCCGUCUACGGCCCAGACAACUACAAACGCAUUUCUGGCACUAGUUUGGGAGGUGGUACAUUCCUAGGCUUGUGCUGCCUGCUCACUGGCUGCACAACAUUCGAAGAAGCAAUUCAAUUGGCCACGAAGGGUGACAAUCGAAAGGUGGAUAAACUGGUCAAGGACAUCUACGGAGGUGACUACAGUCGAUUUGGCUUGACAGGAGAUUUAGUGGCCUCUAGCUUUGGCCAGAUGCAUAUAAACGAAAAACGCUGCUCGGUAUCCAGGGAGGAUCUCGCGAAUGCUACGCUAGUUACAAUUACCAACAACAUUGGCUCUAUAGCGCGAAUGUGCGCUCUCAACGAAAAGAUCGACAAAGUCGUCUUCGUGGGCAACUUUCUGCGCGUGAAUCCCAUUUCGAUGAAAUUGCUUGCCUACGCCAUGGAGUUCUGGUCGAAUGGCACCAUGAAGGGUCUGUUUUUAGAGCACGAGGGCUACUUCGGUGCCUUGGGUUGCCUGCUGCAGUUCAAUGGGGAGCUGGCUGCAGCGCUCAACGAAAGUCUGGAUCACUCGCCGCCGCCGCCAAACACAACGCCGCAACAAUGUGCCGCGGAGCCGUCCAAAGAAAGUACAGCAACCGCCGCAGAUAAGCCAAAUGAUAGCACAACCAGAUAGUCGUUUCGUUUGAAUUGAAUAUCAAAUACUGUAUCAUAUAAAUAACCUAUGCAUCUGAGAAAAAUUAAUAUUGAAACUGAACAAAUGGGUUUUGACAAACGGAUGCAGUUGGGCGCAUUUUCUCGCUAUUAACGAUAUUUUUCGCACUUGGAUUAAGAUUACACUCGUAGAUGAUGCACAAAUUGUAAUUGUGUGAAUGGAACAAAUAUUGAUGAAAUUUGUAAUUAAUAACUGAAUUGAUGAAGUGCCUGUUAAAACGCAACAAAAUUAAGGCUUCAAUUUAUGAUAAAUAACUGUUAUAAUAAUAUGAACAAUUGAAGGCCAGCAGUAAAUUUUCGCACGUUAUUAUUGGACGUCAGGUAGCUCUAGAGAUUUGUUUUCUAAAACCAUAAAUUUAAGCACACAUACUAUAUAUGAAAGUAUUACGAUAUACUUGAACGCAUAAAAUAUAUUCUCUUAAAUUUGAUAUGACAAAUGUAAUCCCAUCUCAAACUACUUGAGAGAGGAAAUCAAGAAAUUGCUCAUAAAACAAUACCACUGCAUGCAUAUGCAAUGUUACAGUUAAGUUUUUUUUUACCUUAAUACAAUUUUGUUUAUGUGAAAAAUAGAGAUAUGUUUUCAGUGAAUUUUAAGGUAUAUUUGUUUAACUUAAGUUUGUGGUCUAUUAUUGUAAGAUUUUACCUUGUCUUCUAUUACAUUAAGCUGGUCAAUGCAAAUUGUUAAUCGAAAUUUUAUCUCAAUCCGGAUUCUCUAAGCUGAAAGUCAAAGUGCAAAUGCUAAUAAAAUAUA